UCUUGUUGAAGUAGAUGUAUUAAAACAGUUUUGCCCACGAAACAAACAAAAUGAAUGACAACAAAAGCAUAUGAAAAGGAUGCACUCGUAAUUACAACAAGCAAGUGGUAAAGUUCAUCUUUCCCAGAGCACGUGAAGGCAGCACAAGUUUAGGCUUUGUUUAACAUUAACGCUCGUGACGAACGACGCUUAGCUAGCUUAAUUUGCAUCCAAGGUGUACGGUACUGGUAUAUUUGUGUGUAGUUUGAGCUUACCGUGCAUUUUACAGUCUUUAACGCACCUGGUAUGUCUUAAAUCGGAUCUAAUAUAUACUACGGAGAAAGUGACACAUGGGAAAACUCCAUUCUCUUGGCCAAAGUUGACAAGCUGUAGCCAUAGUAACCUAAACGGGUUGAUACGAAGAAAGGGCUUUUAAAAAAAUAAUGAAAGAUUAUUUUUUUUUUCAUGAAAAAAAAUAUAAUGGAAAGUGAAAUUACCUUUAUUCAUGCAUUUUACAACAAAUAAUGUUUUUGUAGUUGUAGUUUAAAAUAUAUAUAUAUUUUUUUAAAUCCCGACAAUUUAGGUGUACGGUUCAACUUCUCCACCAGAUGUCACUGUUGACCGUGCUUCUAGACGGCAAACAAGGCGCGAGGAAGUCGGUCAGUAAGGCAAAGAGGCGAGUAUUCAAGCAAGCGAUUCGAUUGGUCGCGCCCCCAACAAUUCGUUUUAUGUCUCUCUCUGAUUGGAAGGAGGGCGCUGUUGCCAGGUGAGACCACUACCAGGAAGAAGCACGGAGAAGCUAUUAAGUCAAGGUGAACUCUUAUCAAGAAAUAUCUUCUCCAUGUGACCUGAAGUGAAUGGGAUCUAACGGUAAGCAGUAAAAGAGACAGCACACUCAACAUUUUUAGUCUGCUCUGACUCAUUGAGCAGACCGGCAGCCUGGUGAAUAAACAAGACAUGACGUCUCCGCGUGGUCUUACAAAACCCAAGCUUUUACAGCUAUGAUAAACCAAUCACCGGGCCGGGAGGGAAGAUGGCCCACAUGCUCGUCAGCACAUUCAGGAGGAUGCGCGUGCGAGCAUCAGACCAAAAAAGGGUUGUGAGGGCGAAUAGUGUCACGCAGGAUGUGGGAAGGCACUACUCAAGUUUUUUAUGGAGGAUAGUUGACUCAACUGAGGGUCCACACCUUGUUUUUCCUGGAUUAGACACUGGAAAAACUCAUGACUAAGUAGAAAGAGACUUCACCAUCAGUUGAUGAGACAACUCCUACAGACAAUACGCCACGCCUUCCCAUAGGUGGCCAACCCAGGCAGAGCGUUGAGGUGGCUUUCAUUGUGAUAAACAUGGGCUGCGUUCAAACGUCGGAUUUAGGUUGAAAAGGACUAAAGUUUUACUGCAUACGAACAGGCAGGAGUGUCUCGAGCAUGAUUGGUCGAUAUAAAAUCUCCAGCAGGGCCGAGAACCAAAAGUGGUAUUUGCCAUGUGGCAUUUUUUUUUGCCAUGUGGCAAAAUUGAUUUUGCCAUGUUGCAAAAAAUGCUGCAUGGUAAUGAAAAAAUGCCACGUGGCAAAAAAAUGCCACAUGGCAUAAUCAAUUUUGCCACAUGACAAAAAAAAUGCCACAUGGCAAAAUCAAUAUUGCCACAUGGCAAAAAAAAAAAUGCUACAUGGCAAAAAAAAAAAAAAAAUGCCUUAUGCAAAAAUCCAUUUUACCAUAUGGCAAAAAAAUGCCACAUGGUAAAGAAAAAAUGCCACAUGGCAAAAUCCAUUUUGCUACAUGUAAAAAAAAAUGCCACAUGGCAAAAUCAGUUUUGCCACAUAGCAAAAAAAUGCCACAUGGAAAAAUUCAUUUUGCCACAUGGCAAAAAAUAUCACAUGGCAUAAUCAAUUUUGCCACAUGGCAAAAAAAAUGCCACAUGGCAAAAUCCAUUUUGCCAUAUGGCAAAAAAAAUGCCACACGGCAAAAUCCAUUUUGCCACAUGGCAAAAAAAUGCCACAUGGAAAAAUUCAUUUUGCCACACGGCAAGAAAAUAUCACACGGCAUAAUCAAUUUUGCCACAUGGCAAAAACAAUGCCACAUGGCAAAAUCAAUUUUGCCACAUUACAAAAAUAUUGCCCCAUGGAAAAAUCCAUUUUGCCACAUGGCAAAAAAAUGCCACAUGGAAAAAUCCAUUUUGCCACAUGGUAAAAAAAUGCCACAUGGCAAAAAAAAAAGUCCCAUGCCAAAAUCCAUUUUGCCAUAUGGCAAAAAAAUGCCACGUGGCAAAAUCCAUUUUGCCACAUGGCAAAAAAAUGUGACAUGGCCACAUGGCAAAAAAAAAAUGCCACAUGGAAAAAUCUAUUUUGCUACAUGGCAAAAAAAAUGUCACAUGGAAAAAUCCAUUUUGCCACAUGGUAAAAGAAAUGCCACAUGGCAAAAAAAUGCCUCAUGCCAAAAUUCAUUUUGCCACAUGGCAAAAAAAAAUGCCACAUGGAAAAAUCAAUUUUGCCACAUGUUAAAAAAAAUGCCACAUGGCAAAAAAAAAAAAAAAAAAACCCAUGCCAAAAUUUAUUUUGCCACAUGACAAAGAAAAAUGCCACAUGCCAAAAUUCUUUUUGCUACAUGUCAAAAAAAAUGCCACAGGGCAAAAUCAUUUUUGCCACAUGUCAAAAAUAAAUGCCACAUGGCAAAAUCAUUCUUGCCACAUGGCAAAGAAAAAAUGCCAGAUGGCAAAAUCCAUUUUGCCACAUGGCAAAAAAAAAGCCACAUGGCAAACUCCACUUUUGUUUCUCGCUUUCUCUUUAUAAAAUAGCACCAUGAAUGCACUUUGAAACAUUGUGAAAAAUAUUUACAUAAAAUGAACGAUAACUGCCUGUUUUUUAUUUUUUUAUUUUAACUUUCAACCAAGAAUUUAAACUGUUUUAUGUUCAUAUCUGUAGAAAUUCUGGGAUUUCCGCAUUUUUUAACAAGAACUUUCAACUUAAAAAGCUCUGUUUUGUGAUGACCGCCAUGUUGGAUUUUGUAUCCAUACACAAUAGCGUAACUUUACAUUCAAAUGGUCAGGUAAUUUUCAGCCAACUGCCCCUUUUUUUUUUUUUUUGUAGCAAAAAAAAAAGUAAUUUAGACAUUUCUGCGUCCAUACAAAAAAAAUGGCUUUUACGUGUUAAAACUUCGCUAUUUCAGGCUAAAACCUAUAUAUGUUAAAUAUUGCUAUUAAUCCUGUAAAAAUAUAGGUGAUUAUCUCUGCAUUUGGGGAUUUUUUUGCAACUAGCGUAAAAUUUGAGCAUUUUAUCGCCCCUUAAAUUUUGUUAUACUCAUAUUAGAAAACAAUGAAUCAGGAUUUUAUUGAGGAACGACUUUUUGAUGUUGCUGCUCAUGGAGACUUAGAUAUGCCUAAAGGAGGUGCCAGUUUUGGUUUUAGGUCUGUAGCGGCUGUGGUUUUGAAAAUAUAUGAAGUUUUUGAUAAUAGGCCCCCUACCGAUCAGCCCCGUUUCCCGUCAACUGAUCGUGAAGUCUAUGGUAGAAAACAACCAACAAAGAUACAAUGAACAGUAAAUGUGUCGUCUUUUUAAUUACAAAUAUGUAUUAAAUAAUAUGAAAGUUAAACAUAGAGGUAUGCAGUAAUCAUAAACGUAUAAUCAUAGUAAUGUUGAGUACAUAUGAAUAUUUACAUUGUUUAUAUAUAUAUCAAGACUUUCCUGAAAUAGGACACACAACAAUACAUUCACAUAUGUGACUCACAACAAAUAAAAAAUGUUGCGGAAAGGGUGGAGAAUACCAAAUUCGAAGUCGUACAAAGGCUUUGGCAAAGAGUGCAUUCAUUCAACAAAAACAAUUCUUUUGUGUAAAUGUACAAAUGAGCAGUAGAGAUGUAAAGGUCCAGUGCAUGUUUUUUUUUUGUUUUUGUUUUAAAUUUUAUUUCCAUGAGUCAAGACGGCCGUCGGUGCCGGGCCGCUCCCUGCGUUAGUUAAGUGUUCCUCGCCUAUUGAGAGCCGGCAGGUACCAGCAUGCUUAUUGUGGCCAGGCCGGGCUUGGCGGGAGGGUUUUUGCCGGCGGCCAUCUUGUUCAGAUUCCGAACGUCGGCCUGCCAGGUGGGAAUUUUCUUGGUGGUCAUGUGGCGCCGGGCGUGUUUGGUGAGGUGGUCGCUGCGCAUGAAUCGCCGGUCGCACACGGGGCACACGAACUUCUUUUCGCCGGUGUGCGUCCGUCGGUGGCGGGAGAGCUCGUCGGAGCGGGCGAACCUUUUGUCGCAGCCUUCCCAGCUACAGCUAAACGGCUUUUCACCUAAAAAACAAAAAAAACAGUCGUGAUCAGUGAGUCACUUAGUAGUACAACACUAUCAUUAAUGUCAGUGGAUUCUCACGUUUACGACAACUAUGUACAUAUUAACGUUUACUUCAAUGCGUCUGCAUUAGUGCUGCAACGAUUAAUCGAAUAACUCGAGUAAUUUGAUUAGAAAAAAGAUUUGAAUUUUGCUGCUUCGAGUAUUCGUUUAUUUAAUGUGGCGUUGUAAUUAAAGAUGUCCCGAUCGACCGAUCACGUCAUUUUCAAAGUAUCGGAAUCGGCAAAAAAAUAUCGGACAUGCCUUCUUUUAAAUAUUUUUUAAUUAACUCGUUUUCUAAUUGUAUUAACGUUACAGACAAUCAGAGUCUUUAGUUUUGGCUUGAAGUAGGGUUAUCAAAUUUAUCGCGUUAACGGCGGUAAUUAAUUUUUAAAAAAUUAAUCACGUUAAAGUAUUUAUCGCAAUCAACGCAUGCGCUGCACGACCCACUCACGCAAUGUCGCUUUCAAUCUAUAAUGGCACUAUUUUACCUAUAUAUAGAGCUAAUAGGCAGCGUAAGAUGAGUAGAGUGAAUUUUGGCAGCCUUUAGAGCCUUUUUUUAAGUGGCUAAAGCCUUACAAUCCCUCUUUCAACAAUUUGAAAUAUCGUGGGAAGCAAUGUAGGGAAGCAAGGUAGUAGUUGAUCUUUUUCUUAACACCCUAUGUUAUUUCCCAACGCAGAGAAGAUAUAUCAAUUGGUGACACUUUGCACAAUCAUGGUUGCACUUCCCAUCAUGCAUUUGGGCAGAACAGUUAAAUGGCUACAGUAUCAUUUACUGAAAGCUCAACAAAUACACUAGAUGGCAAUAUUUAGUCACAAUAUACAAAGUCAAAUUUAUCCUUUAAGAAUUACAAGUCUUUCUAUCCGUGGAUCCCUCUCACAGAAAGAAUGUUAAUCAUGUAAAUGCCAUCUUGAGAAUUUAUUGUCAUGAUAAACAAAUACAGUACUUAUGUACUCUAUGCUGAAUUUAUAUAUUCGUCCGAGUUUUAUUCAUUUUUUUUCUUAAUGCGUUGCCAAAAUGUAUAUGAUCGGGAAAAAUUAUCGGGAAUUAUUGGAAUUGAAUCGUGAGCAAUAAAAGCAAUUGGAUCGGGAAAUAUCGGGAUCGGCAGAAACUCAAACUAAAACGAUCGGAUCGGGAGCAAAAAAACAUGAUCGGAACAACCCUAGUUGUAAUGGUUUGUUUUGAAAGUGUUUUACAUUUAGUUUUAUUGAUUUGGGUGGAUACACUGCCCUCUAGUGGCAACAGUUAAUAUGACACAACACAUUAUAACACAAUAUCACAUUAUAUCAGGUAUGUAUCUGCCGAUCCUGAAAAAAGUUCAAAUAUUGGUCCGAUACAUUGGUUGACCUCCAUGAGAUAGAUCAGCACCCAAACAGUAAACAGUUUCUCAUUUAAUAAUGAAAUAGUUCUUCUCCUACUUAAUUUUAUAACUCUGGCCACUAGGUGGUGCAAAAUCACAAUGUGACCAUGACAGUUAUCCUGUUGUAUCGGCUAUAUAACGGCCGAUCUUGAAAAAAUAUUGGCCCAAUGUAUCGGUACACCUUCUUAAGAAAGCUCAUCACCUAAGCGGUAGGGGUUGGGUAUCGAGCAUCGAUGGGAACCGGUUCUAAAACUCCGAUGCUCCUGGAAUCGUUCGAAUUUUUAAAUUUCAAUUCCUUGUUUCGAUCCCCUGACCGGCGAGCGGGAAAAAAUUGCUCGAGUUUAAAGACUGAUAUUAAUAUACAAGUUAUAAUUAGCUCUGUGAGUAGUUCAUUUAAUUUAAAAAAUCGUUGAGAACUUUAAUAUAAACUAUGCAAUUUUUUUCCACUCUGCAUUUUUUUUUUUUACGCUGCCUAAUAAAAGAAUCGGGAAUCGUUCGGAACCGGAAUCGUUCAAUUUCAAACGAUGACCAACCCUACUAAACAGAGAAGAUAACACUUAUCUAAUCAGUAAAAUAUUUUUUCUACCACUUAAUUUCGUGACACUGGCCACAAGGUGGUGCAAAAUCACAAUGUGAACAGAAUAGUUAUCCUGUAAUAUUGGCGAUAUAUCUUGAAAAAAAAAAGGCCAUCUAUCGGCCGGCCGAUAUGUCGGUUAAACUUAAGUGUUCACUACAAAUAAUGUGGGGCUGUCAAAAUUAUCACGUUAACGGGCGGUAAUUUUUUAAAUUAAUCACGUUAAAAUAUUUGACGCAAUUAACGCACAUGCCCUGCUAAAACAGAUCAAAUUGACAGCAGUGUUAUGUCCACUUGUUACUUGUCUUUUUUGUCUCCCUCUGCUGGCGCUUUGGUGCGACUGAUUUUAUGCACCAUGAGCAUUGUGUAAUUAUCGACAUCAACAACGGUGAGCUACUAUUUUAUUUUUUGAUUGAAAAUUUUACAAAUUAUAUUAAAACGAAAACAUUAAGAGGGGUUUUAAUAUAAAAUUUCUGUAACUUGUACUAACAUUUAUCUUUUAAGAACUACAAGUCUUUCUAUCCAUGGAUCGCUUUAACAGAAUGUUAAUGUUAAUGCAAUCUUGUGUAUUUAUUGUUAUAAUAAACAUACAGUACUUAUGUACAGUAUGUUGAAUGUAUAUAUCCGUCUUGUCUUGUCUUUCCAUUCCAACAAUAAUUUACAGAAAAAUUUGGCAUAUUUUAUAGAUGGUUUGAAUUGCGAUUAAUUACGAUGAAUUAAUUUUUAAGCUGUGAUUAACCCGAUUAAAAAUUUUAAUUGUUUGACAGCCCUAAAAUAAUGUAUUAUUCAUUUGUGUAUGCUAGCGACGUAUAGCGACAGGUAGGCAAAACAGUUAAAUACCCUUCCAGUAGAGGGCAGUGUUGACGUGUCAAUUGAAAAACUCAUGUCUUGGCAGUUAUUGUACAUUCUAUGACGCUCUAAUACACCGCAGAUUUGACCACCAAAGCUAACUGGGAAGCAUCGUGUCUACGUAGGAAGUUGAAGAGCAAUUUCAGAGUGGCUAACACGACAAAAAUUGCUCACCUGUGUGCGUGCGAAGAUGAGCCUUGAGAUGUGAGCUCUUGAAGUAAGUCUUCCUGCAGCCGGGGAAGUUGCAAACGUAGUUUCUCCGGCGGGAGAAGUCCAUCUUGGUGGCGGCCGUGCCGCCGGCGGACCCCGUCGGCACGUACACCGGCGCCGGGGCCAGAGGGAGCAGUUUGGUGUUGCCCAGCGUCAUGACAGUCUGAGGGGCGUG